AUGGCCGAUCCCCGUGUUGAAGAGCUUCCCGAUGAGGAGGUCCCCCAGAACGUUGAGGAGGUCAGCGACUCCGAGUCCGAGGCCGGUGAUGCCAGCAUUCCCGCCGGCGCCGCCGUCACCAUCCACUCUCGCAACGAGAAGAAGGCUCGCAAGGCCAUUGCCAAGCUCGGCCUGAAGCAUGUCCCCGGCAUCACCCGUGUCACCCUCCGCCGCCCCAAGAACAUCCUCUUCGUCGUCAACCAGCCCGAUGUCUACAAGUCCCCCAACAGCAACACCUGGAUCAUCUUCGGUGAGGCCAAGAUUGAGGACCUGAACGCCCAGGCCCAGGCUUCCGCCGCCCAGCAGCUCGCUGCCGCUGAGGCUGCCGGUGACCACGCUGGCCACGACCACGCCGGUCACGACCACUCCGACCUUGGCGAGGCUGUUGAGCCCAAGAAGGAUGAGGAGGAGGACGAUGGUGAGGAGGUUGACGAGAGUGGCCUUGAGGCCAAGGACAUUGACCUGGUCGUUGCCCAGGCCAACGUUUCCCGCAAGAAGGCCGUCAAGGCACUGCGGGAGAACGAUAACGAUAUCGUCAACUCCAUCAUGGCUCUCAGCAUAUAA